AUGGAGACAGAAGUACUACUUGGCGAAGGCAUACUGCGAAAAUCACGUGACUUUUGUAAGGGAACAGAAACUAACAGAAUGGAGUGGUGUAAUAUUAAUAAACUCCUGAUCUUCUGGCAAGAUGGCAAUUUAUACUAUUCGGAAUCCGCCGAAUCGGCUACAUCUGUACGAAUCACAAAUGGCGGUCAAAACUGGGCGCAUGGUAUCUUCGACUGGGUCUAUAAAGAAGAAAUUUAUGAACGGGACGAUAAAGCUGUCUUCUGGUCUGUGAUGGGAGAAAAGUUGGCAUUCCUUAGUCAAGAAGUCAAUCCUAAAGAGAAAUCGAUCUAUAUGACGAGUUAUUCCGCAAGAAGCAAUUACCCCGUAAUGGUCGAAUUAAAGUAUCCAAAAACGCACGAGAAAUAUCUGCCAACAUACGUUGUAAACAUAUGGGAUAAGAAAACUCGUGAACUCAAACAGAUGGAUGUUCAAUUGAGAGACAGCACAGCAUUCCAUUACAUUUUCCGAGCAAAAUGGAUUGUUAUGGAUGGCAAGGAAUACCUUGUUGUGACGUUUGCCAACAGGCUUCAAACGGGUAUUUCAAUAACCAUCUGCGAUCACGAGUCUGGAAUGUGCAAAUUAGUAAGAUGCUUACCCAUCUUUUGCGAACUUCUCUAA